UGCAAAACAGCUCAACUCUCUCUCUCUCUCUACAUCUCUCGUUAGAGCUGUGAUUUUACUUAUUUAUUAUUUUUCUACAUUUAGCUUUCAAGCUUCAAGUUUAACCACUGGCUGAUUUGAAGUAAUACCAUUUGUUAGUAGCAAUGUCAGGGGAUUCUUGAUACUGUAGGCAAAGUGUUCGACUUUCUACAUUUUCCUUAAUUUUGCCAUUGCUUUUGCGAGAUUUGGGUGGCAGAGAAAUUGUGACAGAAGAAAGAGAGAUGAGAAUGGGGAAGCUUUUGUGGGUUUCGAUUGCUCUAGUUUCUGUUAUUGGGAAAUGGGUAGAUGGGUUUUUUGAGUUCAAUGAGACGGAGUUAUUUUACACUGGAGCUGAAGCUUAUGGCUAUGUUAAUGAAUCUAAGCCCAUUAAUGAUGCUCUCAUGGUAGGACUCACUCUCGUUCAAGGAGCUCGUGCAAAAGGAGCAGUCUGUUUGGAUGGAACAUUGCCUGGCUAUCAUUUGCAUCGUGGAUACGGUUCAGGAGCCAAUAGUUGGCUCAUUCAAUUGGAGGGAGGAGGAUGGUGCGACAACAUUAGACACUGUGUUUACCGCAAAACAACCCGGCGUGGUUCAUCCAGAUAUAUGGAAAAGCUGGUGCCCUUUUUGGGAAUCCUAAGCAAUAAGCCUCAAGAAAAUCCUGAUUUUUUCAACUGGAACAGAGUAAAACUCCGUUACUGUGAUGGUGGCUCGUUUACUGGGGAUAGUGAAAAUAAGGCUGCACAACUGCAAUUUAGAGGACAACUUAUUUGGUUAGCUGCAAUGGAAGAUCUAAUGUCAAAGGGAAUGCAUUAUGCCAACCAGGCUCUUCUUUCUGGAUGCUCUGCAGGGGGUCUCGCUGCUAUUUUACAUUGUGAUGAGUUUAGGAACAUGUUUCCAAGAACAACUAGAGUGAAGUGCCUAAGUGAUGCGGGUUUAUUCCUCGAUGCAGUUGACGUAUCCGGUAGCCGAACUCUGAGGAAUAUGUACAGUGGUGUGGUGGGCUUUCAGGGGGUGCGGAAUAACCUGCCACGCAUAUGCACUAACCAUCUUGAUCCAACUUCAUGCUUCUUCCCUCAGAACAUAAUCGGCAACGUACAAACCCCAUUAUUCAUUCUCAACGCAGCCUAUGAUUCAUGGCAGAUCCAGUCCAGCUUAGCUCCACCAACUGCAGAUCCCCAUGGCUACUGGAGUGAAUGCAGAAAGAACUAUGCAAAAUGUUCUGCAUCUCAAAUCCAAUUUCUACAAGGAUUCAGGAAUCAAAUGCUGCGUGCAAUAAGAGGCUUCUCAAUGUCUAGACGGAAUGGCUUGUUUAUAAAUUCAUGCUUUGCUCACUGCCAAUCAGAAAGGCAGGAUACUUGGUUCGCCGAUGAUUCUCCUGUUCUUCGAAAUAAGGCAAUUGCAGUUGCAGUAGGCGAUUGGUAUUUCGAUCGCUCUGGGUUCAAGGCAGUGGAUUGCCCCUAUUCUUGUGACAAUACCUGCCACAAUCUGGUUUUCAGAUGAGCCAGAUUAUUUGAGCAAUGGAUUUAAUUAGCUUAGAUAUCACCUUAUAUAUCUUCCAAUAACCUGCAAUUCAUUGCAAUUUUAUUGAGGAAAUAAGAAUUAGUAUCUCCAGGAAAUGAAAAUUUAUCACAAGCCAUGUUUUUAAAAAAUUUUAUAGCACUUCUUGUGCAUAAAAAGUUGCAAACUUUUUCUUCAAUAUUUGCUGUAAUGUUAUACAUAAUUAUUAUUAUGUUUUUUCAAUGAUUAAUCAAUCAAGUCCAUGUUGUAUUUGUUGUGUA